UCGGUUUUGUUUUACGAAUACCGAUAUUUUGCCUCUAUGAAUCGGCGUUAUUUUCUUCAUUAACAGCUUAUGAUAUCAGUUGAUGUUUUAUUGUAUUAGCAUAUCCACAAAAGACGAAUCAGCAUGGUUGAAGCCUGAUUGUGAUGAUUUUUAUUUGUCCUGAAUGAAAAUAGAAUAACUUUGAGAUGAAGGUAAGAAUAUCACUAUCAGUACUGUCUGUCAUAUUUUUUGUUUUAUAUCUUCUGCUUACAAUGUUAAUGGCUAGCAAAUAUUUAGUGUCUGAAGCAAAAAAGGAUAUUUGUGGACAGUCUUCACCUUCAAGCUGCACCCCGGAUCUGGGAAAACAAAAAGCUGAAGAGGUGUUAUCAACAUCAGUGGUCCAACCCUCAGAAGCUGGUUACAAUCCACCAGAAGAUGAGAGCAAGCACAUUGAGAUAUGGAGCAAGGCAGCCAUUGGGUGGUACUUCUGGAAUAGCAUAUUCAAUGCCAGACUGCAGGAGAAACCCGGCGAGCCGUGGAGCGUGGGCUCGCGCCGUUUCUACAAGUACACCUUCACAUUCCGGCAUGGUCCCGGCGUGGUGCCCAACACAGUGCCGGCCGAUGUCCGGUACCUGGUGCUCAUACUCAACGGACGCACCGAUGAAAAGGUUCGGGUGGCGCGCCAGUGGCUGGACCUGCUGCCCCGCCUGGUGCUCCUGCAGCACACGGCCGUCGUGCUGCACGGCAGCGAGUUCUGUAACAACACCUGGAUCCGGCCGUACCUGCGCGCCCACGGCGGCCGCGUCGACGCGCUGUUCGUCGUGUAUGAUGACCCGGACGUGAAUGGCGAGGACAUCUUCCAGUGGCCGCUCGGUGUUGCCACGUACCGAGGUUUCCCUCAGGGCCCGUACACGAUAGACUUCAAGUCUCCGCGGCCGCACAGCUGCAACUUCUUGGGCACCGUGUACGCCAACUCGUCACGGGAGACGCUGCUGAAGAGCUUGCUGUCCGUUCCCGACCACAGCUGCCUGCUCAAGACGCGACAGCAGUGGACAGAGUCUGAGACGCACCAGUCCGCCUCCGAGUACGUGGACGCCCUGCUGCAGUCAGACCUCACCCUCAGUCCGGCCGGCAUCAACCCGGAGUGUUACCGGCAGUACGAGGCGGCGGCGCUCGGUUCGGUGCCGGUGAUGGUCGCGGACGAGCCGCCAGUGGGCCGCUGUCGUCCCGGCCCGGGCCUGCUGCGCCGCCACGGCGCCCCGUUCCUCUGGCUCCGAGACUGGCGUCAUCUGCCUGAGCUGCUGCGGCGAGAGGCGGCGCUGACUGCGCGCCAGCGCGCCGCCCGUCGCCGCCGCCUGCUCGCCUGGUAUGAGGACUUCAAACGGCGAGUCCGCAACGAGUUCAUCAACGUCAUCGUACGUAAGUUCUUCCAUGGCGAGGAUGGUAAGGCGUGAUGUGAUCUGAGUCUUAGGGAUUGAAGGGUGUUAUGUGGUUUUUGAAACAAGAGGUGCGUAUAUUGUUUGGGGAAAAGAUGACGUGAUGGUAGGGGUGGGAAUAAUGCGUAGCUCAGCGUAGACGGUGAUCAAACUUUCAAACUUUUAUAGACGUUACCAUGACGUGGCCAGUCACCCGGUCCGUGCUUCUAUCCACAGGAUACUGAAAUCCUUCUCCUCCACGCCGCAAACCCCCUGCGGGCUGGACAGGCAACUUUAUCUCAUGCGGGCUGCUCCCUUGGAGCGGCACCGCUGCUCCCGAGAGAGCGCACCCCGUAGCCGGGUGCAGUGAGUGCCUUGGGGCUGGAUGGUCUGUCCUCUGGACGGGCUCAGCCCCGGCGACUCACUAGGGUGCCUGCCCAGACCAAUGUCUCCCCCUAUAUCCUAUCAUCCUCCCGGCUCUGAAAUGGUCUCAUUGGACCGAAAGGGCCUAACCCAACAAAACAAACAAACAAGUGGCCAGUGAGUGAAUUUUGCUACGAUGUGGUCUCAGUCCAUUGAAGACGGUGCAUUGUUUUGUCAUUGUACCCUGCAAGUCGUUGACGUGUUAACAACCGAUCGGGGAUAUUUUCUAGUUUAUCAAUUUAAAUAUCAAUAUGAAAUCCACUCUCAAAGUUGCCAUAAUCAUAAUAUACAUAACCACUUUACCGUAACUCGUAAGUAUCGGAACCAGUGACAUAUUUCGUACUCGUUCACAUUGAUAGUCAGUCUUACCAGUUCAAGCACCGCGCUCGGCUUCUGGGUAACGUUUGCUGAGAUUCGCUUUGUGAUACGUCAAAUGACCCAGGUGUUUAGGAUAAACGACGGUUUUACUGUGUUGACGCAUGUCAUGCAGUCGGUGUCUUGAUCAGUGUGUGCCAGCACCCAUGUUCUUAAUUGUGAUGCAUUGGGAAAGGGAAGAUAGUCAAGUGCAAGCCCGGGGGAUAACUUGUCAUGGGUUUUUGUUAAUAUCUAGUGAUAACGGGUAGAUAUUGUGACAUCAGGCAUUAAUAUAGGGAUAUUGUACUCAUCAUUUACCAUCACAACCUGUUGUUGAAAACGCUGGUGGAUUUGCGAUCGGCUCAAGUCUUGUGUCCCCAUCAACCCCAUCGAUUCCCUGGAUACCCUCGGGGAACUGUGAUAAUAUGAGGCCAACGUUUUUACUCCCAGUCAUUUGCUGUGUGACACGCUUAGCCCUAGUGUCGGCGUUGCGUUAGCGUGACACGUAGCUGGACCGUGGGUUUCAUUUUGACGGUGUAAUGUGUGUUCAAUGCAAACAUGUUGCUUUUUCCCAUGGUGCCGGCGACAACCGGUGAGAUUGAUACCUUGUCACGACUUUGUUUGGAUGCCGAUUUCAUAAAGUUUUCGAUACUGUGACUAGUUAUGUGCUUGAACUGGUAUUUACUCGAAAAUCGUGAAUGCGCUUCAUUUUGUGACGAUGUUUCAAUGUGGGCAAUAUUCUGUGGUGUGGAGACAUUUGAACCAUCGGCUUGGCACUAGUCAAUGUUUUAUGCGGGACGUGAACUUACUGCAACAUUCCCCAUUUAGGUGUUGUAAUAUUUACCAUGACAUGUGCCUUUUAUGGUAACUGUGAGUAACGUAUGGUAACGCAGAGGUUCACGUUGGAUUGAGCAUCGCAUGUUUUAGUGACCCGUGGAAAGCCUUUGGUAAAAUACGUAAUACAAAUUACCGAACCAUGUCA